AAUUUAAUCUUUUCAACGACCAAUUCACGUUUCAACUGUUGAACGUGAUCAUCUUCUUUGCUCUCGUGUUUCAACUAUGUCUUCACAACCCUUCGCUUUCUCAUUCUAAAUCAUUACUAAUAUGGCAUCGCCUUACUCCGCCCCUCAGCCCCACGCGCCACUCCUCCGCCCCCGCCGCGAUGGCUCCCGACCUCCCAUCCUCGCGCUCCUCCUCGGCCGCCGCGGCCCUUCCGUGCUGGUCCGCGAGACAGCAGCGCGUGAGCUGGAGGAGCGGCGUGCCGACUGGGGCUACUCGAAGCCGGUGGUGGCCCUUGACAUGGCGUGGAACAUGGCCUUUGUGGUGGUCUCCGUGGUGAUGCUCGGUUUCACCCUCCAGGAGAAUCCUAACACGCCGAUCCGGUUGUGGAUCUGCGGUUACGCGGUUCAGUGCCUGGUUCACCUCGUGCUGGUGUGGCUCGAGUACAGGAGGAGGAACCGGAGGGGACACGGCAUGGAAUCUGGUAACAACCUUGACGAUGACGUUGACGACAGUGAGGAUGAUGAUGUUGGGGUUGGAAGCUCUGGGAAUUCCUCUAGCUAUGGAUUCGUAAAACGAUGUGCAUCAUUCAAUACCAUGGUUUCAUUGCUUUGGUGGAUGGUGGGCUUUUACUGGGUAGUCUGUGGUGGUGAUGUUCUUCUGCAAGAUGCUCCACGUUUGUACUGGUUGGCUGUUGUCUUUCUGGCAUUUGAUGUCUUCUUUGCCAUCUUUUGUGUUGUUUUGGCAUGCUUGAUUGGCAUUGCCCUCUGCUGUUGUUUGCCAUGUAUUAUUGGUAUUCUCUAUGCUGUUGCUGGACAGGAGGGUGCAUCUGAAUCAGAUAUCGGCGUACUUCCAAAAUACAGAUUUCAAAUGUCAAGCAAUGGGGAAACACCUAGUGAAGGAGGUGGAUCAAUGGUUCCCCUAGAAACCGGCAUCGGUUUCCCGGCAAAUGAACGAGCACUUUCACCCGAGGAUGCGGAGUGCUGUAUAUGCAUCUCUUCUUAUGAGGAUGGAGCAGAACUUCAUUCUCUUCCAUGUAACCAUCAUUUCCAUUCUACAUGCAUAGUGAAGUGGUUAAAGAUGAAUGCAACUUGUCCUCUUUGCAAGUACAAUAUUCUUAAGGGAAAUGAACAGGUUUAAUGGAACAGUAAAGAAGAUCCAAGAUAUUAUAUCAUAUCAAGCCUACUUUAAUUAUGUGACAGAGCAGGCGUUUCAACUGCUGAUGUGUAUUUGUAGAUAAUAUCAACUCAUAUAACAAUAGAGCUUUCCCAAUCUGCUCGGUGCAGCUGUUAUUGUUGGCUUAAGUGCUCGUGUGGAGUAAAGCAUGUUUGGAUCAUUUUCUCUUUUAUCAGAAUUAAUUAUGGAACCCAGAACUACUCACACAAGCCUUUUCCGGUAAUUAAUUCUGGCUCCAGAAUCGAUUAUAGUAGGGGUUCCAAACAUGCACAGAAGGCCGAGGGAAGAAGGAAAGCUUGUUAUAGAGAUCUAGUAUUUAUUUUGAUUUUGAGUGAGUUUUCCUCUCACUCUUAUUUUGUCCUUUAUUGGUCAUUUGAAAGCUGUCCAACUUCUAUGUCUCGAAUUUGUUCAUAUGGGAGAAAACAAUGGAAAAUCUGGCACUCCAACUAUCUGCUUAUUUCAUGUUGUAUUUUAUGGAUUCUUCAUCGGUUUUGGUAGAAA